UGGUCCUCCAAUCCGUGCUCCACACGGAAUUAUUUGUUCUUCUUCUUCUUCUUCGUCGCUUUUCUUCAUCUUCAAAAGUGUCUCCUCAACAUCCUUCGUUUCUUCGCAAAAACAAGAUUUUAAUGAAUUUGUUUUACUUUCUACUGAUUAGCAGUUUCACUGAUGCUCUCACAACUUCCACUGCAAUUACAAGCACCGGUAUAGAAUCAAGUUUUGUUCAUGAAAAUCAAACAAUUGGAUUGAAAAAGGAAAAUGGGGACACCUGUAUCAGUGUGACAUUUCAAGUCAAAAUACUAAAUCAACAAAACAACAAUAGUGUUCCAAUUGACUUUCAUUUGCCAUCUGGACUCAUCAAAGGAAAUUGUGCUGUUACUCGAAAGAGCAAAGCUGUCAUAUCAUCUACCAUAGAAGAGACCGACGGAAGAAUGAAAACUCUAAAAUUUGUUUUUAGAACUGAAGAAAUGCGUGCAAAGCGCCUUGAUGAAUUGAGAUGGCAAUUGAACAAAGUGAUCUACGAGGAAAAAUUCGCUGGUAGUUCUGCAGUAUUUGAAUCUGAUAACUCAUCAGUUAUCUUCUCGGCUCCACUGACGCAAAAAUAUGUUUGUGAAGAUAGAAUUAAUGUGACAUUGCACAGCGUAAACUUUGAUUUUCCGAUAUUGGUGAUGUUCUCUCCAGAGAUUGAUGUUCAGCCGUAUGGACCAAAAAGCAAUUUUUACAUCUGCGAACGAUCUCGCAAACGGACACUUUCCGAGUCCCUUCAACAUCGUUCCACUGUUUUCUGCGGGGUUGUACUGGCCCUCUCAUCAAUUGCUCAUAUAGUUGGGCAUAUGCUUCGACGACACUUUAUGCCUCAUCGAAAAGAGCUUUAUGAGAAUUUGGAUAAACUUCCGGCAAUGAACUAGAAUAUCUUUAGUGCAAAAACAUUUUUCUGUAAUUUUUUCUUUCACGAAAAUCAAUUUGCUUUCUGAUCGUGAGCUAAUAAAACGUUGAAGGUUGUAGACGAAAUAUGUCGUAGAUUGAAUUAGACUAAACUUCGUUUUUUCUUGUUACUCUUUCGUGUGAUUUAUGUAAAUUCUUCCAAACAAAAAUUUUAUGUGAAUUCCCAGUUUCUUUCCCUUUAUAUUUAUACUUUAUUUGGAUAUAUGUAUUAGAAAUAAUGUCUACUCACAAUGAAACAAAUGGUAUGUUGAA